GUGUGUGUGUGUGGUGUGGUGGUGUUAGUGGUGGUGGUGUAUAUGUAUGUAUGUGGGAGCAGCAGCAGCAGCAGCAGCAGGAGCACACACUCUGCAGUAUCUUGGCAGCUGCAUCAGUGCAUCUCUUCCCUUCUCCACCGUCCGUGAUGCCUUCACGGUCACAGCCUGACUGCGCCGCGUUCACUCGGACAACACAGACGGACGUGAACCGGCAGCACAGGACAGGAGCGCUUCAUCCACGCCCGUGACGAGAAUGUUUAAAUGGAAGAUGGCGAUAGGCAGAAGAAGGUCUUGGAGCUUCGUCUGCCUGGUAUCUGUCCAGAUGAUCUGCGUCCUCAUGAGCGCGUCGUGGCCUGGAGCAGCGGCUCUCACGUUCCCACAGCAGUACACGAUAAUGCACUGGGCCAGGCGUAUCGAGCAGGAGAUUGACAGAGUCUUUCAACAAAUCACAGGGGCUCAGCAGUUGAAAGGGAUCUACAAUGAAGAGAGACGACGAUUUAGUUUGGUGAAGAAUCAGCCUCGGAAGAUUGUGGAGAAGGUGGCCUCAGACAUCGAGAAGCUUCUGGCUAAGAAGCGCAAAGCCCUGGAUAGGUUAGCCAGUGAGGCGGAGCGGCUCCAGCGCGAGCAUCUAUGGCAGGAUGGAAUCAAGGAGCUAGACAUGGCUUACUACGACUCCAAGGCUGAACUGGAUUAUUAUUCCAUGGAUGGAGAAGGAGAGGUGGAGAAUCCCUCCCAUAUCAAACUGGAGUUUGUUUAUGAUCCAAACUUCAAAAACAACGUCAACUAUUCAUACACGGCUGUUCAGAUCCCCACAGAUAUUUAUAAAGGAGCUCCGGUCAUUCUGAAUGAACUGAAUUGGACGCAGGCGCUGGAGAAAGUCUUCAUGGAGAACAGUCGCGAGGACCCGUCAUUGCUGUGGCAGGCGUUUGGGAGCGCAACGGGAGUCACUCGCUACUAUCCAGCGACACCGUGGAAAGCGCCAGAUAAAAUUGACCUGUAUGACGUGAGGAGGAGGCCCUGGUACAUCCAGGGCGCAUCAUCCCCUAAAGAUAUGGUUAUUCUCGUCGAUGUGAGCGGCAGUGUCAGUGGACUCACCCUAAAACUGAUCAAAGCGUCAGUGGUGGAAAUGCUGGACACUUUGUCUGACGAUGAUUACGUCAACGUGGCCAGGUUUAACGAGAAGGCCGAGGCGGUGGUUCCGUGCUUCAAACAUCUCGUCCAGGCAAACGUGCGCAACAAAAAGAUUUUCAAAGAGGCAGUGCAGCAGAUGCAGGCCAAAGGCACCACCGACUACAAGUCUGGGUUUCAUUUUGCAUUCAACCAGCUGUUAAAUAAGACAAAUGUCCCCAGGGCAAACUGCAAUAAGAUAAUCAUGCUGUUUACUGAUGGAGGAGAGGACAGAGCUCAGGAUGUCUUCAUGCAGUACAACUGGCCAAACAAAACAGUUCGAGUGUUCACCUUUUCUGUGGGUCAGCACAACUAUGAUGUCACACCCUUACAGUGGAUUGCAUGCACCAAUAAAGGUUACUAUUUUGAGAUUCGCUCCAUCUGUGCUAUAAGGAUUAACACCCAGGAGUACCUCGACGUGUUGGGUCGCCCCAUGGUUUUGGCCGGCAGCGAUGCCAAGCAGGUUCAGUGGACUAAUGUGUAUCAGGAUGCUCUGGGUCUUGGUAUGGUUGUCACUGGGACAUUGCCUGUAUUCAACCUCACCAUGGAUGGAAACUCACAGAAUCAGCUGAUAUUAGGGGUCAUGGGAGUCGAUGUUCAUCUUGACGAGAUAAAAAGACUGACGCCACGCUUCAAUCUUGGAGCAAAUGGAUACAUAUUUGCCAUCGAUCCAAAUGGAUACCUUCUUCUACAUCCUAAUCUCAAGCCAAAGCUCGUGAAUCUCCCUGAACCUGUGACACUGGACUUCCUGGACGCAGAGGUGGACGACAGCAAUAAAGAGGAGAUUCGCAGACAGAUGAUUGAUGGAAGACCAGGUGAAAUGCAGGUCAAAACUCUGAUCAAGUCCAUUGAUGAGCAAUACAUCGAUGAUGUGUACAGAGCUUACACAUGGACUCCUAUUAACGGCACAGAUUACAGUCUUGGUUUGGUAUUACCCCCUUACAACGAGUACUACAUCCAGGCAGACCUGAGUGAUGUGAUGCUGCAGCUCCAGUACAUGCAGUCGCUGCUGCCGAGCUCCUUUGAAUCAUCCGGACACGUGUUUCUGGCUCCAAGGGAAUACUGCAAGCGUCUGCACCUUUCUGACAACAACACUCAGUUUUUGCAGAACUUCCUGUCGCUCAUGCUGGAUAUUUCUCCAGAAUCUGAUGAGUGUGACAAAGGCCUAAUCCACAACCUGAUUCUGGAUUCUCGGAUUAUUGGGCAGUUGGCCUCUCGUGUAUGGAAGAACAAGGACUUGAAUUCGUACGGCUUCUUAGCUGUGUUUGCAUCUACAGAUGGAGGAAUAACACGGGUUUUCCCCAACCUAGCUGCAGAGUCAUGGGAGGAAGAUCCUGAACCCUUUAAUUCAAAUUACUAUAGAAGGAGCCUGGACAACAGAGGUUACAUGUUCAGACCUCCACUCAGAUCCGCCUUGGACGACCCUGUCGUUUCAGAAAACGGAACUGUUGGAAUUCUGGUUAGUUCAGCGGUUGAGGUGAAUUUAGGAGGAAAGAUGCUCAAACCUGCAGUGGUCGGAGUGAAGCUGGACCUGGAAGCUUGGGUCGACAAGUUUAAGAUCCUGGCCAGCAACGUGUCAGACAGUCGUCAGGGCUCGCACAAGUGUGGACCAUCCAGAAGUUGUGAGAUGGACUGUGAAGUGAACACUGAUGACCUCCUCUGCUAUCUCAUUGAUGACGGCGGGUUCCUGGUGAUGUCAAAUCAGAGGGAUCACUGGAAAAAGACUGGCCUUUUCUUCGGCGAUGUUGACCCUUACCUUAUGCACGCGCUCUACAACAACUCAAUUUUCAACCGCCGUCAGUCUUUUCACUACCAGUCUGCAUGUGAACCUGUCAGCAGCAGCCACACUGGUGCGGCACAUCGAGGCAUCUUUGUGCCGUCCAUCGCUGACGUCCUCAGCUUGGCCUGGUGGACGUCCACUGUGGCAUGGUCUGCAGUCCAGCAGAUACUGUAUGGACUGGCCUUCAACAGCUGGCUCUACAAAGAUGACGUCCUCGUUGACGGGUUUGAGACGAAACAAAGCAGCUGUGUGACCAUCCAAAGUCAGUUCUAUUUCACAAACACCACCAACUCUUACAAUGUGCUGCAGGACUGUGGAAACUGCUCACGGCUGUUCCACGCGAAGCGAAUAGAAAACACCAACCUGCUGUUUGUUGUCGCUGAGACGCUGCCCUGUAGCUCCUGUGAGAUAGAGAGGUUGACUCAGGUCAGGACAGAGUUUCAGGAGGAGAAUCCAUGUGAAGUGCUGAGCAACGCACGGUAUCGCAAAGGCCCGACAUCCUGCUUUGAUUACAGUGCCUUAGAGAACACGUCAGAGUGUGGACGAGGUCACUCCCUGCAGUCGUCCAUAGGAGUCCUUCUCUUUAUUGAGCUUCUCCUGCCUCUCUUUCAUCUCUGACACGUGCCAACGCUCAGCCAUGUUUCAUCUCUUUGAGUUGAGGCUCAGAUCUACUGAAGGUUACAAAAAAACAUUUUCAUCUGCAAAGACCACAGACCACUUUGUGCGAGGAGUGAAAAAACUGGAUCGGCUCUUAGUGUUUAGUGCUUUUUUUUGUUGUUGUUUUUUUGCCUUAUUGCUUAUGCAUUUGUUCAUGUUUGAGGGCUCGAGUGCACAACAAGAGAAAUAGAACGUGUUGAAUGUACACACUACAUAAACUAGACACAGGUACAAUAGUAGUAUUUGAUACAUAAUGAAGUUCUGUUUUCAAAAAGAAUUAAUUUAUCGUGCUCUAUAGCCACACAAUAAGCAUUAACAAUCAAUGUAUUAUCAUUUGAACAUAUUAUUGUCGUCAUAGCUCAUCAUAUUUCUACCAAGUACCGUACAGGUUUAACAAUCUACAGUCUUAUCUUAGGUAUUCUGUGCAAAAAAAUAGUUCGUAUUGGAGAAAGAAGAAACAUGCACUAAUAAAAACAUUAAACAUUAAUAAAUAAAAUACAAUAAGCUAAACUACAACACUGCACAUAAAUACAGUACAUGGAUUAAAUAAAUACAUCUCUGAGCACAGUUUUUAUUGAGCGAAAACAGCUCAAUAGCACAACUUUGAUCAAACAUUAGUCUCUGAUUAACAUUCCAUUUAAUAAUAAUAGAGAAGUGUUGAAUAACUCAGAAUCUACUGUGUUUUAUAUGAAUCUUAUCAGUAUGGAUUCAGAGUUUCCAUCAUUCCAGUCAUUCUGUGAAAACAGUUCAACUCAUUUUUAACGCAUGUCCGUGUAAAUAAAUAGGCUUUUCAUGGUUCAAUCUCCCAGCUGUACUUUUGCUAAAAUGCUGCUUAUUGAAACUUUUGCUUCUUCUUGUUGGCUUUUUAACUCAAUUACGUGAACUUCUGCUUCUGCACUUACAGCAGCUCUGGGACAAGUAGAUCUGAGCCUGAACCUCUCAUUCACUUCAGUGUCUUUUCAAUACACUUCUUUGCCAACAAACACACUUUCAGUUCACCUAUGAAUUGCAUCUCGAGUAUCUUGAAUCUUUAAAAUCCAUCAGACGUCUUCACAGGAAGUAAUUUUUUUCU